AUGUCGACUACAGCAUCCGACCCCGAAGAGUUGCUCCAUGCGUGGAGUUUCCAAUACCUUCGUUUAAAGGCCUUGGUCGUGCUCAUGCGUUUCUUGAAUUCUCUUCGUCCACUGAUCCACACUAACCAGCCGCCGCUGCCCCAUGCAUUCGAACGUCACAUUGUCCAGCUUCCUUCGCGACAAAGCGGUCGAACCAUAAAAGCCCACAUCUACCGUUCCAAACAUGUGGCUCCUUCUUCUGAUGGCGUCGCCGCUCCUCUUCCCGUCCAUGUAACCUGGCACGGAUCUGGAUUUGUUCUGCCCAACCUCGGCGAUGAUCAUGCAUUUAUUGUACACCUCCUCCAAGCGCUCGGUCCCAACUGUAUCGUCGUGGAUGCCGACUACCGCAAGGCUCCCGAACAUCCUUUCCCUGCUCCAAGUCACGAUGCUCAAGACGUCGUCAACUACAUUCUCUCUCAACCUGACGUCUAUGAUGCCCGCCGCAUCACCCUUGGUGGCUUUUCGGCAGGCGGCAACCUCGCCCUCGUCGUUGGCGCACAUUUCGGUCCGCAACGCAUCGCUGGUGUCGCCGCGCUUUACCCCGCCGUCGACUUCACCGUCAAGCCAGGAGAUCGCGCUCUCCCCACCAAAGACCGUCCCGCUAGCGGUUUCCCACUUCCGGCGUGGAUGAACAAUCUGUUUCUGGAUUGCUACUUUGUCCGUCCGGACCACAAGCGCCAUCCGCUCUGCAGCGUCUACUAUCUCGAUGCGGAUCGCUUCCCUCCUCUCCUACUUGCUUCCGGCCAGGUCGACUACCUCUGGCAUGCCUCCAACAAGCUCGUUCACAAGCUCACCCAUGCCGGCAGAACAGACGCGCGUUUCAUCAGCAUCCAAAAGGAAGGACACGGCUUUGACAAACUCCCUCGAGGUCCUGCUUCUCGUCAACGCAGGGAUUACGUCUACACCGAGUUUGCCAACUUUAUCCGCGACGCAUGGGCUCGCACAUCUUCUCAACACAAAGCUCACCUUUAG